AUGGAAGGCACGGCUAUUGGGGACGUUGUCGCUUCUUCAUCGGUCGCCGAGCUCGAGGAGCUGGCCCGGAAACUUGAUGCAUGCGACCCGCUUCGUCGCUUCCGUGACAAAUUCCAACUUCCAGAUCGUGAACACGCCCUUCGGGCUCUUUCUAUCACACAGACCGAAGACGGGAAAACUGACCGAGAUGAGGAAAUAAUCUACCUCUGUUCAAACUCCCUUGGCUUACAACCGAAGCGCACGCGCGAAGACCUACUCGACGUACUAGAUGAUUGGGGUGAACUCGGCGUCCUGAGCCACACUGCGGGAAAAAGGCCCACUGAAGGCUCAGAUGACGAGCCGCGGCGAAUUCUGGCUGAGUACAUUGUUGGUGCAGAGCCUGACGAGGUCGCUGUUAUGGAGUCCCUUACAGCAGACAUUCACACUCUUCUAGCCGCCUUCUACCGUCCAACGCCUAAUAAAAAUUGUGUGCUAAUUGAAAAAGGGGCUUUUCCCACGGACUAUUACGCAAUCGAAUCACAGAUAGCGCUUAAUGGUUACGAUCCUCGUGACUGUGUGAUCGAAGUUGAACUAAGACCCGAUGACUACCUGUCAACAGAACAAAUUAAUGAAGUGAUCAGACAGAACGCACACCGUCUCGCCUUGAUUUGGUUACCCGGGAUUCAGUUCUUCACCGGGCAGUUGCUGGACAUUCGGGCUAUCACCGAGGCUGGCCACAGGCUAGCUAAUUGCCCUGUUGGUUGGGACUUGGCUCACGCUGUGGGAAACGUUCCGCUGCAACUGCAUGAGUGGGAUGUCGACUGCGCGGCCUGGUGCGCAUACAAGUACCUUUGUGGCAGCCCAGGUGGAGUCGCCGGGAUAUUUGUACACUCCCGACACCACGCUGAAGAGGGUAGUUAUGUACCCGUAGGAGGUGUCCCUGGACAGCUCAUUCGCGGGCCCCGAUUAACUGGUUGGUGGGGACACAGGAUGUCUACACGAUUCCAAAUGAGCAAUUGCAUGGAGGCUGAGCGAGGUGCUGCUGCUUUUCGUCGCUCCUGUCCAUCGAUGCUGCUCAAUUCAGCCCUUCGUUCCAGUCUACUUAUCUUCAAAGAGGCCGGUGGUAUGUCACCGAUCCGAGAAAAAUCAGUCAAGCUGACCGGUUUUCUGGAAGCCCUGCUUACGCAGGGUGAGUUCGCGUUGCCCACAAAUAUUCUCAAGAUUAUUACCCCCCUCGACAUGGCACAACGCGGGGCACAGCUUUCUCUUGAAUUUUCUAUGGAUGUUGACAUGCUGUAUGACCAGCUCAUUAAGCACGGAAUCAUUUGCGAUGUUCGCCGUCCAAAUUGCAUCCGUGUGGCCCCGGCACCGCUCUACACCUCUUUUGAGGACGUCCUGAAGGCAGCUAAGACGAUUCAGAAGGCAGUGUUGAACUUACUUAAACAGGAACAAUGA